AUGGCGGUGCCGAACGAGGCGGCUGUCGUCGUCGGCGUCCAGCCGGUUCCGGCGGCGGCGACGAAGAAGUCGGCGUGGACCAUGGACGAGGACGCCGCGCUGCGGGAGCAGGUGCGGGCACACGGCCCGCAGAACUGGGCGGCCAUCAGCGCCGCGCUGCCCGGGCGCAACCCCAAGUCGUGCCGCCUCCGCUGGUGCCAGCACCUGACCCCCGGCGUCGACCCCGCGCGGCCCUUCUCCCCCGAGGAGGACGAGAAGAUCGCCCACUUCCACCGCCUGUACCCCAACAAGUGGGCCACCAUCGCGGGCUUCCUCCCCGGCCGCUCCGACAACGCCAUCAAAAACCGCUGGAACUCCGUCCUCGGCAAGCAGCAGCCGCAGCACCACCAGCAGCAGCGGGCGGCCGCUGUCCCCUUCCUCGGCCUCUCCGACGGGACGCUCCCGCUGUUCCCUCUGACGUCGGGGGAUGUCAGGGCGUUCGGCAGAAGCGUCCCGGUGCUCCGCCGCCCGCCGCCCGGCGACGCGGGGGUUGAUCUGAGCGGCGCGUGCCUGAAGCUGUUCCCGCUGGCGCCAGGCGAUCUCGUCGGGGGCAACGAUUCAGGUGAAGCGGCGGAGAUGGAUGUGGAUUGCAGCGCCGACGACCAGACGGUCACCGAGAUGACGCUCUGGCCGAGCACGAUGGCCGCGUUCAAGGCGAUGGUGCAGGCAGUUCGGGCGCCCUAG